AUGCCAAAGCAGGAGCUCGCAUCAACUCCAGAGCCUGGUGAUGUAGAAUAUCUCUGCCCGGUCACUGUAGGCGGAAGAACUCUGAAUCUCAACUUCGACACUGGCAGUGCAGAUCUUUGGGUGUACUCGAAUCUCCAGCCUUCGGCACAACGAUCUGGUCAUGCUUACUAUAACUCGAACAAUGCGAACCUGAUGGCUGGCUACACUUGGGACAUCGAAUAUGGCGAUGGGUCAGGUGCGAGCGGUAAGGUCUUCGCUGAUAAGGUUGUUGUUGGAAGUGCUACAGCAACAUCACAAGCCGUCGAAGCGGCAACAUCAGUCUCGGCUGGCAUGAUUUCAGACCUCGAUAGCGACGGCAUUCUUGGACUUGCAUUCAGCACUGUCAACACCGUCCAGCCUUAUCAACAGAACAACUUCUUCGACACCAUCAAAGCUCAGCUUGGUAAACCUGUUUUCACUGCAGAUCUGAAGAAGGGAGCUCCCGGCAGCUACGGCUUUGGCUACAUCGACACUACAAAAUACACCGGCAGUAUCACUUAUGUCAACACCGAUCCGAACAGCGGCUUUUGGCGUUUUUCCGCAGGCGGCUAUGCCAUCGGCAGUGGUGCAAAAGUCAGCAAGACGUACAGCUGCGUGGCCGACACAGGCACAAGUCUAAUGCUCCUGCCGUCUGACGUGGUCAGCGCGUACUACAAGCAAGUCAAGGGUGCUAUGUACAGCGACUAUCAAGGUGGUUGGAUCUUUGCGUGCAACGCAAAGUUGCCGAAUUGGAGUGCUAUAAUCGGGGGCAAGCAGUUCACAGUGCCAGGCUCAUACAUGAACUACGCGGCCCUCGGAAACAAUCUAUGCUUCGGAGGCAUGCAGUCUGACACUGGCGUCGGAUUCAGCAUUCUGGGAGAUGUAUUUUUGAAGAGUCAAUUCGUGGUGUUUUCGCAGAUGACUGCUAAACCACAAUUGGGGUUUGCCGCGAAGAAGCUUUGA